UACGAGUGUGCUCGAGAUGUCAGGAAUUUAAAGAUCGAGCCCUGGAUUAAUUCGCAUCUGCUGCGUCAAGCCCGGUGCUAUACGCAAUGAAUCGUCGCGGAGUGUCUGCGAGGGAAGAAGCUCGUGAAGAAACUGACGUUAACGGACGGAGGUUCUCGGUGCAACCGGAACGAAUCGAGGUCGUUUGAGAAUCGACGUUUCGUUUUAACAUUCCGGAAUUUCCAAUCGACUCUGAGCACCAACAAAGUAUCUCGAGGAGAGGACAUAAAAGGGAUAACUGCAGCUCAAGUGUUAAGAGGUUACGGAAGAGGAGGAUAAGGAGGGACGAGAAUCCCGCGAGUGUCUGAAAACAAGGAGACCGAGAGUCUGGAGAGACCCGAACAAGAGGCUUGUCUGAAGCGCUGUCUAACACAAUGCGAACCGCACUCUCAAGAUGGCGACAGUCGGUCGCGUGCUGCUCGUGACACCGAACUAGUAUUUAUACAAGAAUAAAGGGGGGAGAUAAAACGGAGUGAGAGAGAGAGAGAAAGAGAGAGAGAGAGAGAGAGCGAGAGAGUGGAAACAAGAAAAUAGAAGAAAGCGAAGUAUCGUGAUGGGAAUGGAAAGACGUGGGCGUAUCAGAAGAGCGCUCGAAACAGAAUUAAAUUGGACGAGGAGGAGUCAGAGGGUGGCGCGAAAUCGGGCCUUUUUCGAGAAGGAUCGGCUGCUGCGAAGAAGCUCCGUAUAAAAGAAGGGAUGAAUGUUGCGGAGGAAGCGAGUGGUUAACGCGGAGGAUGCGAAUUGACGAUUGCCAGUGACGAGUUCGCUCCUGUUACUCUCUCGCGCGCCUCUUUUGUCUCUUCUCGUCUUAGCUGCGCGCACGUGUAUCGCUCGAUCCCGAUAGAUCGGGGUGUGCGUACACGUUAGUGUGUUUAUAAAAGAGCGUGUAUAAGGACGCGCGUAUAUUGGGCUCGACGAGAUCCAAUACACAUUGAGAAAAGCAACGAGAGGCUUACACCGGGGCUGGUUUGCCACUGCUGCUGCUGUUGCUGCUGCUGCUGCUGCUGCUGCUGCUCGACACAGCGUGGCGGCGCGUGCUGGUGUGUCGGUCUUCACUGCGGUACACACGAGAGAGCUCGAAGUGCCCGAACCCGAGAGCCCCGCACUGCCGGAGAAGAGAGAACCGCGAGCACGCUCGUUCAGUAGUUUCUCGGACGUCGCACCGGCAUCAUCCGACCUACGAGAGAUAAACUUCCCCCGACCCCCUUUUUUACAAACGUUAUUGUGCUUAAAUCUUUAGUGAGACAAACUGCGGAGAGGAGCGGCCUGUCUCCUCGACUCAGAUCCGAUAUCUCACCGUCGACAGGCCUUUACACUCGUCACUCUCUUUCUCCCUCGCACUCUUCGACAGUUGCUCCAAUUUUCACUCCUCACCGACAGCGUGCGGUCACCCGCUCCAAGCCCCUCUCUCUCUCUCGCUCUCUCUCUCUCUCUCUCUCACUCACUUUUUCUUGCUUCCCACGAGACUCGAGUCUCGUUCCUUUUCUUUCGAUCCCCACCUCCUCCGCGUCCCCCGGCACGGGCGUUCGUUCCCCUUUCUCAUUAUUACACAACGACGGUGUGAUUGCGCGCGUGCAAAAAUCAAGAGUUUAAGAUCGACGAUUCCGCACAGGCGUUAUCUCGGCCGAGAAGAGAUCGCGCUGCUGUUACUCCGAACUCCGACGUCUCUUAACCUCCCGGUGUUUAUUAGCGGGGAAGCUCUUCCGCAAAGAGGCACGGAAAUAAAGUCUGAAAAUAACGAAUCUCGAUAUUGAUUAGCACGCGCGCGAGCUCGUCGCCGAUCGAUCGAGUGGAAUCGAUGGCGCUUGAAUCGCGGGUAAUCCGAUCGGGCGUGUUUACACAGUGUGCGACAUUCGGUAAUGCCCCGCGCACGCUCGUACCUCGUCCUCGUUGCUUUUCCCAUUCGGGUUAAAUAAAAAUUCAGUGGGUUUGCCGCUUAUCGAGAGUUGUUCGUUCAUCCACGAGCGAAGAGGGAUUAAGUGACGAAGAGGAAAAUAAAAAGCAGAGUGCGCUAAACUACCGAUACGCGAGAGUGAUGCAUUUUCGAACGUUCAAGUGAUUUUGUUUCAUUUUAUUUUUGUUUUUUAUUCCCAUCGUUAAUCAUAUACUAAAAAUACGAAAAUGAAGAAUUUUUUACGAGCGACAUUUCCCACGUGUUUCAACGUAACGCGCGACACUCCAGUGAUUAUAUACGAAGUGCAUGUUCGCUGAUUCCGGAAGAAAUAGUGCGGUUCACUUGGCAACGGAAGUCGUGCGAAACAAGACGAGAGACGGCCAAGACGCCCGUUAAGGCGAACACGACGAGCUGGUGUUUCUUGUGAUUGAUUGGGAACGAUCGAAACGCGCGCGAGAGAGAGAGAGAGAGAGAGAAAGGGAGAGUCAACUUGUCCGUGUUCGAAUAGCCAGUGUGGAUCUUUGAACAGAGAAAAGAAGCUUGUUGUUCGAGGAUUACGACUGCUAACAGAUCGAGGAAUCACAGCUGACGGUCUGCGAGUUGCUUCAUCGCGGUUGUUCUUUUACGAGGAUUAUUUGUCGGGUGGUGUGCGACCGACGAAAAUCCAACCGCCUCUGUUGGCUCGAGGGGAGAAAACGUUUUCUCGUAAAACGAAAUAAAAACAGUUGCUCGGGGAGGUUCGACGUCGAAAGAAAAAUGUUGCGAUACCGGAAGCAGGAAUUGAGCGUCUCGCCGCGGAGAGUUGCGAGCUCGCUCAUAAAUCCUUAUCCCCAUCGCGGGUUUCCCGAUUACAGCCUAGUCACUCACCGCGCCAUUGCGGAAUGAUCGAUCAAUGAACGAUUAAGCAGAGGAGUAGAGCAAACGUUUCAAAAGUUCACAAAGACCGAUACGACUGAGAAGACGCAAGAGAAGGUGAAGCUCGUACGAAAGAGAGAAAGAGAGAGAGCGAGAGGAAAGCGAAGAGGAAGAAAGGAAGAGAGAAAAGUGCCGAGUACGGCGGAUUCAUGAGAGCGUCAUGCCCGCAGUGAUCGACACGGGCGGGCCAAGGGUGCUGCACUGUGUUGAACGUGUCGAACGCCCGAUACCGAGAGCACAAACGAAUCUCUCGUUUCUUCGUAGCGCACAUCGUAACAGCGAGGUCAGGAAGCAGCAGCCUCGUUUGCUCGUCGAUGAGUCGAUCCGCAGGCCCGAAAGCGUUGCUGAGUCACCGGGAUCGCGCAUCGAUCCGGCAGAAAAGAACAUUCCCGGAAACAAUGAGCUGGGAGAGUUUUUCAUCGAUGAAAGAUUGUCAGCAGCGGUACCGGCGCGGUUCCCGAGCGCCCUCGGAUCUCUCGGCGUCCCCAGGGAGAGGAGCUCCCGCCUCAGGCACCGGAAAUAUUACGAUGCUUUUCAACGGCGUCAAAUCAACCGGAGAAAACGUCUCUGUCACGAGAAUAAUCCGAGAGAGCUCGGCGCCUCUCGGAGUGCGAGCUCCUCGGGAAAGCGAGAAAGCCCACGAGCCAACGAAAAUGCCCUACGAAACGAGCCACCGUCUGCGACUAGUCUCAUCAACGAGAAUCUACGUCAGAGGCCACCGCCGACGAUCUUCCUUGCAACGGAUAAUCAUCAACUUUCCACAACCUCCCCCCGUCACCUGACUCCCCCCUCCUCCGCAGAGUGCAAUAAACCCGAGGGCAUAGAACAAUCCGCGGAUAUCGUAAUGAGGCUCCUCGGCGGCUGUGACCUCGAACCGGGGCGUCAAACGUCCUACCGAGACAUGAAAAAAUCAGUCGCGAACUCUAGUCAAGGCGUUUUAAACUCUUCGAAAUACGAGUGGCAAAACAAGUGCAAGUGUUUAUCCUCGAUAACGAACCGAUUCGUUUCGAUAACGAGCGAGAGUGAGAGCAAGAGAUUUACCACCAGGGAGAGGCGAAAGAGGCACAAGCCUCGCAUCCACCAACGCAAAGAAGCUUCCUACCUUCAAUUGGCCUUCAUUCUCUUCCUCGUUGCCUUCGGUAACGGCAAUUUAUUCAAAUCUCCUGGCUCCGGCUAUUUUGGUGGUAGAAGCGCGAGUGUUGGUGCGGGGCUCGGUGUUCUCACGAUCGGUACGAUCCUCGGUACCGUCAAGGCCCUUCCCGUUGAUCUCGACGCCGGUGUCCGGGCCGAGAGAUCCGCGAAUCUCAGUCACAUUUCCGGAGCAUCGCGCAAAAUACAGAUGUACAUUAAAAAUCGUCAUCUACAAAUUCUACGAGAUGGCACCGUCAAUGGAUCGACGGACGAUACUUCCGAGUACACCAUUUUCCAGCGGACCUCCGUGUCAAGGGGCCAAUUAAGGAUUCAAGGAGUGGCCACGUGUCUAUAUCUCUGCAUGGAUUCCUGCGGCCUGCUCUACGGCUCCCGUGAAUAUACGGAAGAGUGUGUAUUCAACGAGACCCUGGAGCAGCACAAUUACAACACGUACAGUUCGGUGCGUUGGUCGACGCCGAAGAAGAGUCUCUACCUGGGUCUGAACCGGCGUGGUCAGCCGCGUCGCGUGCAGGCGAAGGGUCACAAUCUCGGGAGGUUAUCGGCAUACGCGAGAGUCCUGACUCAGGUAGCGCCGGCGGAGAGGGUGGAGGCGUUGCAGGCGCGGAUGCUCGGUGCCGAGCACAGCGUUCGUCACCAUCACAAUUCGCAUCAUCAUCGGAACAAGCAGCAUCAGCAGCAGGCGAUAUGUCCGACGUUGCCGCCGCAGGAGAGGGACGGCAGGGACAAAUUCCGUUGCAGGAAGCGAAAGAAGAGAAAAAAAUGGAAGAGGCGUUGCAACGAGGGUGAGAAGCCGGGUCCGCACUGCGGCGUGGUGGAGAGCCACGGCAGGGCGACCAACGGAACAGCGCUCAAGUCGCAGAGCCCCGGGGACUCGAAUCCGCCGCAGUCCAAGAGGUCGUGCGAGGCUGAGGCGAGCGAGGAGUUGUGCAGAAAACAAGCCCUCGACGCGCCUGCGAAAAAGCGCAAAUCCCGAAUAGAGCCAGCCAAGGGCGUUGCCGGAGGAGGCAACAGCGGGCAGUUGUUCAAGAGGAAGAAAGAAGCGAGGAUGAAGAAGCCGGAGGGGGAGCCGAUCCCCGACGGCGGAGCGAACGAGGACGUCAACGCCGGAGACACGGCGAAGCAGAAGGUCGUCGAGCCCCCCGGCAACAAGAGAAGACGCCAAGGUAUCGUAGCCAAACAGAAAGGAUCGUCGGCGCCGGGAACGAGAAAGAAAUUGAGCGGGAGGCCGACGAGAACAACAAUCGCCAACUCGACGUUCCUCCCGGUGACGUCGCCCUCGUCCUGGUACCCGGGCGUGUCAGCGGCUCCGUCAACGGGCACACUCCCGCGGCAGGAAAGCACCAGGGCUCCGUCCCAUUCUGUUAGAAAUUCGGUAACGAGUUCGCCCUCGAAGGACGAUUGGUCGGAGGAGGAGGAGGAUCGACAGAGCCUGAGAACCGGUAAAAUAACCACCACGGAAGAGGAGCCCCCGAUACUACCGGAAAGUUCGGAUCGCCAGGAGCCGAUGAGCGAAGGAUCGAUGGAAGAGCGCUCGGAAACUUCCUCGACAGCGAACGACUGGUCCAGCAUCGAAACCAGCGAGGAAGUCAAGUCGGAGGAGUCGUCGAUGCAGGAAAACGAAACGACAAUCGCAUUCGGCGAAAAGAGCACUCUCAUGACAACGAUGGAUACGACGCCGCCGCAAAGAACCGAGGACUACACUCGCCCCACGACCCAAUCGAUCAUCACUGCGGUAAGUGCCGAUCGUUCCGAUCGCACAAGCCCCAUCGACGAUUCCAGGUGGCUCGAGACCUCCACCGGCUCGAAUCCUGAGACGAGAUCGUCGCUCGAAAAAUUCGCCAUGUGAAUAACCGACUAUUUUCACGAACUUUUAUUCAUACGAACGACUAACUAGUGCUUCAUGUAAACUCGUGUAAAUAUUAGCCUACCAACCAAUUUAUCAGGCGCGAUUUCAUAUAUUUAUAAACAUCCGAUUAAAUCGCCCUCCACUUUUCUGUAAAGUACCUACGCAUACGGAUACGUAUAUACCCGAGUGUGACCACACUCUCGCGAGAGCAGCAGCGAAUACUCCUAAUGAAAAAAAAAAAAAAAAUGAAAAAAAAAAGCCUAACAAAUAAAUCACUAAUAAAGAAGAAUAUUAAAACAAAAGCAACACGCCUACAUCGAUAUUAUACCGAGUACGGUGAGCAUGAAAACGUACGUCAGCUAUAAAUCGUAUUUAGAAUCUUUCUCCUCGCAAAUAAAUGAAAAACGAAAGAAAAACAAAACAAAACGAAAAAGGAAAAAAAAAUAUAUAUACAUAUAUAAAUAAAAUAAAGCAAAAACCUCACAGCCUAUCUUCUAGUUAACUAUUUAUUAUGAAAAAUAUGAUUUAUUUAUUGCGUACGGCCCCCUGUGUCCGCGCCCUUUGUACAUUGCGUGCGUGUAUGUCUGAUAUUAUAACUAAUACAUCUGCGAUAAGAGGAAGCAUUGAGAUGGAAAAUCACGAAAAAACGAUCGCCGCUAAAAAACGGUAAAAACGAAAAGGCACCACGGAGCGCGCCGUAGACGGGAGUGUGCGCUUGAGCUUUCGUGCGUGCGGAUCGAUCUUGGGUACCGGUACACCGGGGAAUAUCAUCUCGUGGUGUGCAAUUAUAUUUCUAUUCACUCUCGUCGGUCUCGCCUCCUCGAAACAAAGACACGAAUCUCAGGGGAAUUUUCGAACGAGUGUUGUAACGGUUAUUAAGCAAUCCGGUUUUUACGAGCGAUCGCCUCGGUUGUAAUCCUAAGCGAAGGACUCGUUUAUAUGCGACGCUGUUUAAUUGGUAAAUGCGAAAAAUCUUUUGUCACAUGGACCUUCGAGUUUGAUUGUUCGUCGAGAUUUUCCGAGCCGCGCAGGAUUCGACGGAUCGCGAUGCACCGGUACGAGCGCACCUGCGGGAGAGCGGCCGAUGAAACUUUUGACUUGAUAGAGAGACUCGCGUCGCUGGAACGCCUCGACAUUUCCUCGCUUUUUUAUCCCUCAGCGUACUUUCUGCAAAGACACUUUUUUCGCUAAAUUCAUUUGCAGUUAUUUAUAUCGCGCUUCGAAUGCGUGCGAGUCAGACGUUUUUUCGGGUGGAAAAAUUAAAUCUGGCGAACGGAAAAAUCAUUGGUGCGCCGCGAGGAACGGAGGAAAAUGAUUUCCGGCGCUUUCCAACUACGCGAUUUCCUCCUCCUCCGUCAACGGUGGCUGCUACUCGGCACUCGCGUGAAAAAUCACACGCUGUCCCAUUGACUCAUUCAUUCGUGCGAUCUCGUACCGCGCAAGCUAAAGUCUGCGUUCGUACCGUUUCGCUUUUUCUCUCCUUUCAUUUCUCUUCAAUUCGAAGAUUUUUCUCCUCUUGUUUUUCUAUAAUACAUGCGUUCUGGAUACGUACGGUACCUAAAGUCAGUAUUAGUGACAUCCUGCUGCUUCGAAAUAUGUACUUCCGGGACGUACGCGCGCAUAUAAAGACGCACUAGAGCGUAUUAAGAGUCGAGCGGUUCCGGACAUACGUGUGUGUGUGUGUGUAUGUGUGUGUGUGUGUAUACAUGGGAGAGAAACGAAUGUGCGGAGAGUGUUGAAACUAAAGAAACGAGGAAGAGAAAAAUAAACCGAGAAAAAUACCAGUUUUUCUAUGUCUCCCGUCUCCUCCCUUCUCCGCAAAGCCUCCAAAAAAGUGAGAAUAAAAUAACGAAAACGAAAAAAAAAAAAAAAAAAAAAAAAAACAAUGAGGACCGACUGCCAAACGAGCCCGCGCGAAGCACUCGCCUAUAAGUGAGAGUCUCCGACACUGCCAUUUUGACACUGUAUUUAAUCUCAUAGACUGAAAACUAUUUACUUUAGGCAUCUAUUGCUAUUAGCGAAAAGAGACUAAAGUUUAAAUCCUUCUUUUGUAAUAAGAGUUUGAGCGAAACAUUUGUUUUGGUGAAUAUGCGCACGUGGCAUCGAAUAUAUAUGUUUAUAAAUAAAUAAAAAUAUAAAAGCGAACAGAAGGGGAGGAAGAAUAACGAGAUGUAUAUCCGGUGAAGAUCGCGGAAUUACAAUCAAAAGAGGGGCAGAGAAUGCUUGUGAAAUACGCAAAUAUGUACUGUGUUAUGUAUUUUGUGAAAGAUCGAGCGAGACUGACGAUUUGGGUGGUGUUUUUAUUUUUAUUUUUUUUUUCCUUUUCUUUUUCUUUUUCUUUUUUUUUUUUCUUCAACCAAACUCUGUAGGAAGCGGCGGAUGGUAGCUUGUGAUAACCGUUUGAACUCACGGAAAUCGUCUUCUCGUCGGAUAAGAAGGUGUCUCCUUAAUUGCGACGCACAAUCCACUUGUGCCACGUGCGCGAGCGCGCGUGCCCCUCGAUCCCAUUCCUGGCCGAUCACGCCAAAUAAAUAUCGUUUUAAAAGUACAUGAGAAAUGAAAAAUGAAAUAUGAAAAAUGAAAAAAAAAAAACAAAAAAAAAAGGAAUCCUCGUCCAUCGAAAACCCACAAUAUCGUCGCCAUACACACUCUUUGGAAUAAAUAAACGAAUUAUCAUUGAAUACAAA